AAUAAACACAACUUUCCACUCAUCUCUGCGUCAAACGUCGUCGUUUUCGGUCAUCCUCUAUUCUCCUAAUCUGCUUCCCCGCCUGCGUGACUGUUUAUAGGGUUUCUCCGUUCUCACUCCGCCGCACAAUCUCUCCAGCUCCGCCGCGUUCUCCUCUCUCCCAUCUCACCAGCCGUAACCCAAUUCGGCAACUUCUCGCUCCAAUUUCAGCUUCUCCUUCCCCCCAAAAUCUUCACAGAUGAGUACUGUGUUCAGCGAAGAGAUCCUAAUCGACAAGCUCGCGAAGCUCAACAGCACUCAACAAUCCAUCGAAACUCUAUCCCAUUGGUGUAUAUUCAACCGGGUCAAAGCCGAGCUGAUCGUGACGACAUGGGAGAAGCAGUUUCACAGCACGGAGAUGGCUCAGAAAGUGCCUCUUUUGUACUUGGCUAACGAUAUUCUCCAGAACAGUAAGCGUCAGGGUAAUGAGUUCGUGCAGGAGUUUUGGAAUGUUCUUCCUAAGGCUGUUAAGGACAUUGUCUCUCAGGGAGAUGAUCGUGGCAAAGGCGUCGUCUCGCGUUUGGUGAAGAUAUGGGAAGAUAGAAAAGUGUUUGGAUCACGUUCGAAGAAUCUUAGGGACGUAAUGCUUGGAGAAGAUUGUCCUUUGCCACUUGAUGUCAGCAAGAAGCGUCCCCGUGGAUCCAAAUCCUCAAAACGUGAUUCAAAGUCGUCAAGAACGAAAGUAUCAAGUGGAGGUGUGGCUGAGAAGAUAUCAUCAGCAUACCAUUUGGUUGUUGCUGAAAACUCGAAUGAAGAAGCUGAGAUGAGUAAAUGCAAGUCUGCAGUUAAACGAAUCAGGAAGAUGGAGAAAGAUGUUGAAGAAGCCUGCUCUACUGGUAAAGACAACCCGAAGAGAAAAUCACUGGCGAAAGAAUUGGAAGAGGAAGAAUACCUUUUGAGACAAUGUGUUGAGAAACUCAAAUCUGUUCAAGGAAGUAGAACUUCCCUUGUUAACCAGCUUAAAGACGCACUACGAGAACAGGAAUCCGAACUGGAGAAUCUUGAAGCUCAGAUUCAGGUAGCACAAGAACAAACAGAGGAAGCUCAAAAGAUGCAGAAACGUCUCAAAGAUGAGGAUUAUGUAUCAAAACCACCAACCAUUGCUCCGGGCUCAGUCUCUGCAACUGAGACAACUGAUAACAACAACAGCACUAAGUCUGGUCAAGCAUCGAAAAUGACGCCUGCUUCUAUAGCUGCGAUGCUCACAGCAUCUACCUCAUCACACAUGAUCAUGCAAUCUGUUCUCUCUUCAUUCGCAGCUGAAGCAACAAAGACCUCUGGUCUAUCCAAACCAGAGAGCACAGUUCCGGUUUCUUACAACAACCCCCAGAACCAGCCACCCACAACACAAAGUCAGUACCAUUUGAUCUCUAACCCAGCAGCACCGCCUCCGCCGCAGUUUCUAAAGCAGCCGGUAAUGAACAAUCCUUAUGGCUUUGGUAACAUUCCGUUAAUGCCACCUGGACUUCCGCCGCCUCCACCACCACCCCAUAUGCAGCAGCCUCAGAUUCCUCAGUCGAACUCAGCUCAACCUCAACAAGGUUCAACUUUUCAGCCACCGGGAAUAAUGUAUUAUGGAGCUCCACACCAUUCUUAAAGUUAGAAGUUAUGUUAGUUAGAUAGUUGUGACCCUUUUGAUCUGGGGAUAUGUUGGUUUUGAUGUUACAUUGUUGGGUCGAGUUAAACCGGAAAAAAUUGUACCUCGUGUUGUAGAAAUGUUCACCUCUUCCCUUAUAAAUAUUUGUACCACAAGCUUUUAAAACGGUCAUAUACUGAUGUUCGUUCAAAAUUUUAAGUAA